UUUUUCUUUUUUUCACCCAUCACGCCGGUCCGCCGGGCGUUAAUCGCAAGUUCUGCUCCGCACAGGGUCCCCGCAGAGGGUGGAGGGAGGAAGUCGGAGCAGCUCCGCUCCUCAUUGGCGAAGCAGCCUCCCCCCUUCUCCUCCUCCCGAGGUCUCUUUUAUUUAUACACGCACACACACACGCGUGCACAUCCCCGGGAUCUGCCCCACGCUCGGGUCCGGCAGGCUGAGCCCCUCCAGCUGGGCUGGGGGCUGCGCAGGGCGCUGCUGAGAUGCGCUAGAGCGCAGAGCGGGGCUCGGCUGCAGCCCAGCCCUGGCACAGCCUUGCCUCUCCUUUUGAUUUUAUCUUAUUUUUUUUUCCCCUCCCCUCCACUUCAUUUCUUUCUUUCCCUCUCUUUCGCCUUUAAGUGGAGCAGCCUUGCCGGCUGGGGCAGGCUGGGAGGGCAGGGAGAGCCUCACAGGCAGCGGAUAGAGUGCGGAGGAGGAGGAGUAGGAGGAGAGGAAGGAAUUCCGGGGCUUUGCCGGCGGGACGAGCGGCGCAGGCACUCGGCUGCGGGGACCCUGCCCAAGGACUCAGACACCAAGCCCAGAGCCCAGCAUGCUGUGCCCCACUCUCAAGAUGUGUCUCUGGCUCCUCAUCCUCACUGGUCUGCUGGAGGCAGCGCUUGGGGACAGCAGGCUGCACAUCGAACCCAGAGACGCUGAGCUUGUCCUCAGCCUCCACAGCACCUCCUCCCUCCUGUGCUAUGGGGACAGAGAGCUGCUCUGGGAACGGGAGGGGCAGCCCCUGGCCGCCUCGCUGGAGCACAGGGACGGUGUCUUUGUCAGCAAUCUCACCCUCAGGAACGUGACAGGCCAUCACACUGGGGAGUACACGUGCACCUACAGCCCCGAGCAGGCUCCAGAGCCAGCGGAGAGGAGAGCCCUGUACAUCUACGUUCCAGAUCCCUCCCUGGUUUUCCUCCCUGCAGUCACCUCUGAAGAGGUCUUCAUCUUCAUCACGGGCUACACAGAGGCUGUCAUCCCGUGCCGUGUGACCAACCCACAGAUGCAGGUCACCCUCUAUGAGAAGAAGGUGGAGAACCCCAUCCCAGCUACAUAUGAUCCACAACAGGGGUUUAAAGGCUUCUUUGAGGAUAAGACCUAUUUCUGCCGGACGUUUGUGGAUGACCAGGAGGUGGAUUCAGACACUUUCUACGUCUACAGGAUCCAGGUGUCGUCCGUGAACGUCUCCAUCAGCGCAGUGCAGACCGUGGUGCGCCAGGGAGAAAACGUCACCGUGAUGUGCACCGUGAGCGGCAACGAGCUGGUCAACUUCAACUGGGACUAUCCCCGCAGGCAGGCAGGGAAGGCUGUGGAGCCAGUGACUGACUUCCUGCCUGGAUCCACUCAUGAGAUCCGCUCCAUCCUCAUCAUCCAGAACGCAGAGCUGGAGGACAGUGGGACCUAUGUCUGCAAUGUCUCCGAGGGCUACCAUGAGAAAACAGACAGGAAAGACAUCACUGUCCAAGUGAUCGAGCGUGGCUUUGUGCACUUCCACACCCACCUGCCCAGCACAGUGUAUGCUGAGGUCCACAAGAGCCACACCAUCCAGGUGGAAGUGGAGGCUUAUCCCCAACCCAGCAUUGUGUGGCUGAAGAACAACAAGACAUUGACCAUGGAGAGCAGCAGCGAGUUCACUAUCACCAGCAGGAACCUGUCAGAAACCAGGUACCAGACUGCUCUGGUGCUGGUGCGGGUGAAGCAGGAAGAAGGAGGAUUUUACACCAUUCGGGCUUCCAAUGAGGAUGAUGAGCAGGAGCUCUCCUUCCAUCUGCAGAUAAAUGUGCCAGCCAAAGUGGUGGAUCUCAAGGAGAACAGCAGUGCCAGCAGUGGGGAGCAGACUGUAACGUGCUCUGCUGAGGGCAUGCCCCAGCCAGAGAUCAGCUGGUCUACUUGCAGCGACAUCAAAUGGUGCAGCACCACGGGCCAGCCCAGGCGGCUGCUGGGGAACGAGUCGGCCGAGAUGGGCGUGCAGACCAACGCCUCGUACCUGGCGGAGCGGCGGCUCUACCGCGUCAACAGCACCCUGCAGCUGCUCAGGCUGCACCAGCCCCUGCUGCUCAGGUGCACCGUGCACAACUUCCUGGGCACCAGCUCCCAGGACAUCACGCUGGUCCCACACGCCUUGCCGUUCAAGGUGGUCAUCAUUUCUGUCAUCCUGGCCUUGCUGGUCCUCACUGUGAUCUCCCUGAUCAUCCUGAUCGUGCUGUGGCAGAAGAAACCUCGUUAUGAGAUCCGCUGGAAGGUGAUUGAGUCAGUCAGCUCUGAUGGGCACGAGUACAUCUAUGUGGAUCCCAUGCAGCUCCCCUAUGACUCCACCUGGGAGGUGCCCAGGGACAAGCUGGUGCUAGGACGCACUCUCGGCUCUGGUGCCUUUGGUCGUGUGGUGGAGGCAACAGCCCAUGGCCUGAGCCAUUCACGAUCCACCAUGAAAGUGGCAGUCAAAAUGCUCAAGUCCACAGCCCGCAGCAGUGAGAAGCAAGCCCUCAUGUCCGAGCUGAAGAUCAUGAGCCACCUGGGACCUCACCUCAACAUUGUCAACUUGCUGGGGGCCUGCACCAAAGGAGGACCCAUCUACAUCAUCACCGAGUACUGCCGCUACGGGGACCUGGUGGAUUACCUGCACCGCAACAAGCACACCUUCCUGCAGUGCUGCGGGGACAAGGCUCGGCGGGAGGCGGAGCUCUACGGCAACACCCCCAAGGAGGACCGGCUGCACAGCCACCUCUCCAUGUCUGUCGAGAGUGACGGGGGCUACAUGGACAUGAGCAAGGACGACUCCCUGGACUAUGUGCCCAUGUCUGACAUGAAGGGGGAAGUCAAGUAUGCUGACAUCGACUCCUCCAACUAUGGCACCCCCUAUGAGCUGGACAGCUACUCCCCCUCAGCUCCUGAAAGGACAGACCGGGUGACACUGAUAAAUGAGUCUCCACUCCUCAGCUACAUGGACUUGGUGGGCUUCAGCUUCCAGGUGGCCAAUGGGAUGGAGUUCCUGGCUUCCAAAAACUGUGUGCACCGUGACCUGGCUGCCAGGAAUGUCCUCAUCUGUGAGGGGAAGCUGGUGAAGAUCUGUGACUUUGGCCUGGCAAGGGACAUCAUGAGGGAUUCCAACUAUAUCUCCAAAGGCAGUACCUUCUUGCCCCUUAAGUGGAUGGCUCCAGAGAGCAUCUUCAACAACCUUUACACCACCCUGAGUGACGUGUGGUCUUUUGGGAUUCUUCUUUGGGAGAUAUUCACUCUAGGAGGGACUCCAUACCCUGAGCUGCCUAUGAAUGAACAGUUCUACAACGCCAUCAAACGUGGCUAUCGGAUGUCCAAACCCACCCAUGCCUCUGAUGAAAUCUACAACAUCAUGCAGAAGUGCUGGGAGGAGAAGUUUGAGAUCAGGCCAUCCUUCUCACAGCUGGUGGUGCUUAUGGGAAACCUCCUGGUGGACUGCUACAGAAAGAGGUACCAGCAGGUGGAUGAGGAGUUCAUGAAGAGUGACCACCCCGCUGUUGUGCGCACCAGACCCGCAGUUCCUGUGCUGAACAACGCCCGCCUUGCUGCCAGCUCCCCCAGCAGCAGCACCCUCUACACAGCCGUGCACCAGAGCGGGGCUGACAAUGACUAUAUCAUCCCUCUGCCCGACCCCAAACCCGAGGCAAGCUGUGACCUCCCCCAGGAGGCCUCCAUCAGCCGGGCCAGCUCUAUGCUGAACGAGGCCAACACAUCAUCUACAAUAUCCUGUGACAGCCCUCUGGGCCUCCGGCCGGACGAGGAGCAGGAAUCCGACCCACAGCCAGGCUGCCAGGAGCCAAGCACAGGACACCAAGAGGUGGAGGAGAGCUUCCUGUAGUCAGAGCUGGCCUGACAUUGCAUCUCCUUAUGGAGAGGCCAGCUGAGGGGCUGACCCAGAUGUCACAGAGAGCCAUGCUUGCACUUGUACAUCAAGACAUCCCCUCCUGUUCCAGCAUUCCUCCUUCUCUCCUGUCUCCCACUGCUGGGUGGGGAGUUAAAGACUUUUUCCCAUUCCAUCCCCUUCCCCCUUAAAGAGAGGUGGCUCAGUGCCAGAAACCCUCUAGAUCACUGCCAUGUCCUCCUCAGUGACCAAACCACUGCAGGAGGGAGACAUCUCACAGAGCAGCAUCUUUUCAAGUGGAAGACAUGGGCUGGAUCUCCACGAGAUGCCACUUUCUGCAUUGCCAAGAUGAUACUCCAGCCUCUUCCUCCUCCAUGGCAAGGAGUUUCGUCUCCUCUGCACCAGCACUUCUCUGAUGGUGUCAGCACCAGCCACACCUGGUUCUGUGAAAUGCCACUGGGACAGAUCAUCCACCCGGAGCCCAUUGCUGGGGUGUAGAGAACCUGCAACACCAACCUACAGCUGCUGGAGGUCAGGAGUACAGUGGAUUCUCCUCCAGCACAGUCAAGUCCUGAAGAGGCCAGCCAGUGCCUGGGAGGGAUGGAAUUACCAUUUUCCUCUCUUGACAGAGCUUCUAUGGUGGAUAGAGCACACAAGCACUACAGGUAUUCACAGCUCUGCAUCCACCUGGAGGCUGUCACAGCCUUUUGUGCCCAGCAUGGCACCAGGAGCCCCAGGGGCAUGGCAGGAGCUCCAAAUGCCCUCACAAUGACUUGGUUAUGGAAGCAAUGAGGGCAGUCACUGUUGUUUGUGUUGUCUGUGUGGACACUAAGCUAAUUAUUUUCCAUUGAAGAUUUAAAGGGAACAAAUAUAUUAAUCCACUAGCCAGGGCCAGUAUAAGGAAGCAAUAUGGUUAUUCAUUAAUCUACUGCCACUACACCCAGCUCAUGUGCUGGGAAAUCAUAUAACCACGCCAGCUGCAGAAUCCUUGUGCCUUAUCUUUGGGAAGCAAAGGCUCACCUUUAGAUAAACUGUUCACCCAAACACCCUUUCUCAUAAUGGGAGGGCUCCCUGUUCCCUCCUAAGUCACAACAAGAUUAUGGGCAGAAAUAAGGAUGCCAGAACACCAACGCAGGGAUAGCUCCAAAGAAAGAGAGGGAGAGAGGCUGGAAGCUCC